GGUAACCUAUUUCUCUUAAAUUUUCCAUUAUAGCCUAAAAUAUUUACUAACAAGAAAGAUCAAAAGUGCACUCUGAGCAGUAUUUGUGCAGACUUGUUUCUUAUGUGAGGUUGGAUUGUAAAACAUUUAAAGGAGGUAACAAAAAAAGGAGUGGUGUAGCACACACGCAAUAAGAGUGGACCAGAAGACGCAAGAAGUGAAAGAAAAACAGGAGACACAUAGAGAAAGUAUGACAAUUGGCAGGAACUCCAGGAAAAGCUCUGUGCGGAGCUCAAUCCGGGCCCCAAAGUUUCUGGACAAAUCCAGCGGCUUCUACUGUCGCUUUGAUGAGCCUGAGGCCGCUGGAGGAGGGGAGGAGGUGAGGGGAAAAGAAGUGGAGGAGGGAUGGAACGGGACAGAGGACAGCAACAGACAGGAGAACAGCCCGAGGCCUACUGUGGUGCACAUUUCUGGGGCAGAUGAACGGGAAGAAGCCGAGUUUGACUUCAAUGAAGGGAUGAUGGAAGACGACGGGGAGACUCUCCUCCGGAGGAAGCCCAGCCGCCGCAGUAGCAGGUGGAGAAGAAGCUCCAGGAGGAAGCAGAAUGAGGGGAGAGCCGAGGAGGAUGCGGCCCGAGAAGAGAGGCCCAGCCUGGACACAGAGACUCAGGUUGACCCACACCUCCUGGAGGACACCAAGGUGAUGGUCGGGGUAGAGAUGGAGAAACUCAAGACGACGGGGGAAGACAAUGAGAAGGCAGGACGAGGGAAGGAGCCCACGCUUGUUCACUUCCCGGUUCGGGAGGAGGCGGACGACCAGGUCCUGAUCAGAGACAAGAAGAGGGGGAGAGAGGAGGAGGGAGAGGAGGAGGAGAGGAUGAGGAGGGAACAAAAGGAAGGGAUGAAGGUGGUGAAGAGGAACACUAUGAAGAAUUACCGCAAGGCCUUGGACAGAGCCUUUCGUCGUGGCUGGGAGACCUUCAUCACUAACCUCUACAGUGUCACGCUCACACCUGUGACAUCGUCCGCGCCGUCAUCUUCUUCGCCAUCGUCAAAGAAGAAAUCUCAACACAACUCAGUGUUAGCUGAGUUUCAAUAAAGCUGGAGAGCGACAAGGGGGAUGAAACGAGCCCCUUUCUGACAUUUAGUUUGUUUAUAUCAUGAUUAUGCAGCGUUUCCACUCAUACUGAAUUGUGAUGGACAAUCCUGACAUUUACCACGCCACCAGUGGGGGCUUUAGUCACAUGAUGUGUCUGUGUCAUGCGUAAGGCAUCAGAAACAUUACUUAUUUAUGUUCGUUCUUAAUUGCUCAUGAUAAAGUUUACCGUCUUGUCUCAUCAUAGUGCACGUUAAUUUGCACACAGACUGCAGGUAUUCAGUUUUACUUUAGUGAGCUGGGAGAACCAAGCUGAUGGUUAAACACUGAAGUUAAUGGGACUGGCUUGAAUGGAAAGUCCAGUCUCCAUGUGACUUUGUGUGUUUACUUCGGCUAUGUUGCUAAUUUCAGAUUUCAAUGUCUUAACGUCUUAGCUCCUUACAUCCAGUUCACUAUUAAGAGCUCAGAGCACAAAUAAUCUUCCUUUGGUUUAGCGCUAUGAAACUACGGAUGUGUUGAUGUGUAACCAAAAGGGGUAGAACAUUUCAACUGGAUAGCGAUGACUGAUUAGUGGACUUUAGUUCUGGACAUAUUCACAUUUCUGUAUGUUAAUCCGUGCCAUUUAUUUGCUUUCUGGCAGCUAACCGGUAAUCAUUUAGUGGUCAGUGAAAGGAGGACUAACUUGUGAUUGUGAUCCACAUUAACCCACACACAUUUGUAUGUUAAUAUUUGUGGAGAUCUUGCUGUUUUUACCAAUGUUAACCCAUUUAAGCAGGGCUUUUGUCACAGACAGUACAGCUUGUCCAUUGUUUGACUUCCUCAUGAGACAUGGUUCAUCUCUCACUGUGUGUUCUGGUGAUGGUUAAUUAACCUGAAGGGACAGGACAGAGAGUGUGUGCAUGUGUGUGUCAGCACUUAACAAAGUGACAGGACCCACUGGGUGUCUUUUGAUUGCUACCAUUGCAGCUGCACACAACGUUUGUUAUAGACCUUCUCAUUUGAAAAGAGAGGAUUUAGUAGCCUAAAACUACAUAUAACUAAAGUGUCAGCAUGCAACUUGGGACAGAAGGACAUGAUAUAAGUGAUUCAGGGGGAUUCUCAAUGUUCAAAUAAAAGAUGUAAUGUUUACAAUAGGCCUGCUGUAAUUUCCUGUUAUCGACAGUGUGUUUGGCUUUUAUAUUACCUCAGGUGUACUCAGUAAUUCUCGCAGACUGGACUGAACAGGUGGGGAAACUUGUUAUCGUUGUAUAUAAUGAUUGUCUUUGUUAAUUUUUGUAUUUAAAAAUCCUUUUGUACCCUAAUCAGAGCU